UCUUCACACACAAAUUCUCUCCCUCUCCCAAUCUUAAUUUUUUUUGUCCACCAUGACCAUGAAGAGUAGUAAUGAUCAACAAGGUAUAACCUUAUCAAAUCUAAAGUUUUUCAAUUCUCAACUAUAUCUCAUCAAUUUCUUUGGCCAUAUUCUUCUUUUUGGUUCUGGUUUACUCAUUGGUAUCACACUCACUUUUUUCCUCAAAAAUUUUUCAUUCAACUUUCAAAUCCAACAUUUCCAAGAUCAAUCUUUUACCUUAAACCCAUCUUCCAAUAUUUCUCUUUCACCUCCAAUCCCAUCACAUGAUUGUUUGGUUAUUAAUAAUAAAACAAAUAACAUUAGUUCAAAUGGGUUGGGAUAUUUUUUUAUGGUUCCAAGUGCAAUGCAUGAUAUGAAUGAAGAUGAAUUAUUUUGGAGAGCUUCAAUGGUUCCUAUGAUUGGUGAACUUCCAUUCAAGCAAACACCAAAGGUUGCAUUUAUGUUUUUGACAAAAGGUGCUGUUUUGUUGGCUCCUCUUUGGGAGAAAUUCUUCAAAGGGAAUGAUGGGUUGUUUUCAAUCUACAUUCAUCCAAAUCCUUCUUUCAAUGAAACGGCUUAUGAUCAAAGCUCUGUGUUUUAUGAUCGAAGAAUUCCAAGCAAGGAGGUAGUGUGGGGUGAAAAUAGCAUGAUAGAAGCUGAGAGACGUCUAUUAGCAAAUGCAUUGCUUGAUUUCUCAAACCAACGUUUUGUAUUACUAUCAGAAGCAUGCAUACCAUUAUUCAAUUUCUCCACAAUCUACAAUUACCUAAUGAAUUCAAAACAAACCUUUGUAGAAGCCAAAGACAUAGAAGGCUAUGUUGGACGUGGAAGAUAUAGAAACCCAAUGAAACCAUUGAUUUAUCUUUCACAAUGGAGAAAAGGGUCACAAUGGUUUCAAAUAGAUCGAUUUCUUGCACUUCAAGUAAUCUCAGAUGAAACCUAUUUUUCUGUGUUUAAAAAAUAUUGCAACCCUCCAUGCUAUAGUGAUGAGCAUUACUUGCCAACAAUGGUGAGUAUUAUGUUUUGGGAGAGGAAUUCUAAUAGAACUUUGACUUGGGUUGAUUGGUCAAAAGGUGGACCCCAUCCUUCAAAAUUUAUAAGACCACAAGUGACUUGGGAGUUUUUGGAAGGGUUGAGAUUUGGAAGCACUUGUGAGUACAAUGGAGAGACAACAAAUAUUUGUCAUUUGUUUGCAAGGAAGUUUACUACUAAUGCUUUGGAUAGAUUGCUUAGAUUUGCUCCAAAGUUGAUGCAAUUCAAUUGAUUUUACAUUGAACAUAUGUACUUUUUGAUUUUUCCAUUGAUCUAAAUUGUUUGUGGUAUUUUUU